CGUAGCUAACAGAUUAAGCCGCCGAUGCGAUCGAGUUUUUUGCUUUAGUUUUUCAGUUUUAUUUUGAAAUUAUUUCACUGACAGAAUAUAGUAUGACAAAAUAUCCAUGGGUUUACUGCAGACACGACAUCUCAAGCUUAGUCCGCCCCCUCAGCAACACGUUACUUCAGACAGCAGAGCCACCGUGUGACAUUCACCAAGUGACCAGUUUAAAUUAUUUAAGGAAUAUUUUGUGAACCAUGGCGCAUGGUAGCACGGCAGUGUGCAAGCAUUUAGAAGAAAUUAUUUAUAGUGAGAUUCCAAUUAAUAAAAAAGGACUCAAUAACAUCAAAGUAGUUAACAGCAAACACCACAGAACCAAAACAAACUGAACGGCAGCGCGCAGCUUCCGCCAGACGCAUCUUUUCAAACGGCCUCCAGCGCCCUCCGUUUUACUGCGGAAACGACAUCACGUAGAUAUUCGCUGAUUGGUUCCGCGCACACGUCCAGCAGAUUAGACCUAUCGGUGUCAUCUGUAGGCGGGCGAUACACUUGGAGGGAUUUUUAACACAGAAAAAGAAGAAAAAAAUAACAACCGCAUUUAAUAUGUUUAGGAUAUAUCAUAAGUAUUAAUGUGUCUGUAGUGAUGUUUUCCCGAUAAUAAAUUAAAAUACCGGAUUGCGCACUUUGCAAUACGAAACCAGAGUGCACAUGUACUAUCCACCGCUUUAUCCGCAUGAAACAAUAGCGAAACUACCAACUAGCAACCGGGUACCUUAAGAGCUAUGUUUUCAGAUAAAAAGAACUUAACAUUGCGGCUAUGCAAGGCAGUUAAUGACGGCGAACCAAGGACUGUCGAGGACCUGCUUUUGCAAGGUGCCAAUCCGAACCUCGUCCUCCGCAAAGGUGUCGCCGCCGUGCAUUUGGCUGUUGGUAAAGAGACCGAGAAGCGAAUCCGUUGCCUGAAGCUGCUGCUUCAGCAUGGUGCAGAUCCCAACGCCAGAUCUGUGGAGGACUUAACCCCUUUGCACAUUGCGGCUUUGUGGGGUUGCUACCAGAACCUCAAACUGCUUUUACAAAAUGGGGGGAAUCCUAAUUUAAAGGACCAGGAUGGGAAUACAGCAACUGACUUGGCAAACCAGCAAGACAACCACAAAUGUGCCCAGCUUCUGAAGGAAUAUUGGUCUUGGGAUGCACUGGGGACAGAUGAUGACGAUCUGCCACAAUUCCAGUACUCUUUUUACCGUGGUCAAGAUUGCAGAGAUACUUCUCCUCACAGUGGAAGAGUGGACAGCAGUGCUGGAUUACAUGACCUAUCCUUGCUGAGUGACUAUGGUGAGGGGCCACUCAGCAGCACCAGGAGAUCCUCCUCGCUGAACCUGGCUAGGAUCAAUAGCAGACCCUCCUGGAGAGGCAGGUCCCAGCUAUCAGGACUCCUGGACUUCACUGAUCUUCAGGGGCGUCGCACUCAGGAAUGGAACCGGGAGUUUGACAAGGAUCUAGCAGCUCAGUCCAUACUCAGCAGCACUCGAAUAUCAGCUGGUCAGCAGUCUUAUUUUGGGGUCUUGCCCAUGGUGGAGGAGAAAGAGUCACUUGUUUACUCUCAAAAAUUGCAGUACGAUCCUGUGAUACACAAAAGACCAGCAAAUGAACUUCCUCCUCAGCUGGACCCACUUUGUUCCUCAAGGUGCGCCAGCCGCAAAAGUGUAAGUUUUAAAGACGUGGAUGACUACUUCCCUGUGUUUACAGAUGAGUCACCCAAGCAGAAUGAAAAUCAAAGCCAGCACUCCUCAACUGACACAACAGUUGACUUCACAGACUACCCAGAAUUCCUGAAUUUAGAGCGCUUGGCAUCUGUUUCGCACAAUCAGGGAAUUGAUGUUACUUCUCCUGAUCAUGUCUUUGUCUUUUCCCGAGACAAACACUGUGCAAGUCCUGAUUUGGAUAAGACUGUGGUUGGAAACUGGCUAAUGGAGGAAAAAGAUGAGGAGGAGAGGGACGAUUGUGACUUGGCCAAGAUAAAAGGGCCUAUUCAACCUGUAUGCAGCUCCAGUGGUAGCAGUGGACCCAGUGAAUACAGCAGCUGUGACAGUGAUCCAUACACUACUGUUCUGGGGCCUUGCAACCUUCACAGGAACACAUCUUUUAGUGAUGAUGAUAGGGAAACUGGGGCAAUGUCCCAACAAGAUCGGGGUUCUCCAAGAACGGCCUCCCCAAAUAUACAGGUGUGCGAAGCAACGGAGCAGUCUGCAAAAUUACUGCUUAUUACUGAAAAGUCGUUGAAUACUGUUGAUUCAGAAGAGUAUAAGGGUGUCUUAGAUGUAAGUGGAAAAGGCACGGCUCUCCCCAAUAAGGCCAGCAAGAGCACUUCAAAAGUAGCUGCCUGUCUUCCUCAAUUAAUUAAUGACCUGGUACUGUCUCCUAAGAGCCCUUCAGUAAAAUGUAAUGCAGAAGAUCUGAAAAAUGUGAGAAAAGAAUGUUCAGACAACCCAGUUGAAGAACCUGAGUGGCCGUGUGAUGACAAAGGGAAAGUUUUGAGAGGAGUUAUGGAUCUUUCGAAAGCCUGUCGUGAGUCAUGUAGUGUUGACGGAGAUGGGGGCCUGCUUCCUCUGAGCCCAUUUGUCACAGGGAGGACUCUCUCCAGGCUCAGUCGCAGCUCCUCCAGAGCCAGUGGUUACAUUACAGAUUCCUCAGUCCACUCACUUUUUGAAGACUCCUUGCCUACGCCAAACCGUCAGCAGCUCCGCCAAACUAGAACGCCCAACAGUGGGAGGAUGCCCAGCAUCCCAGCAAAUAGCCAGUGCAGCAGUCCAGCACAUUUAAUGAGACGGGCAACCACAACGAUGGACACCAUGGUUCAUUGCUUCCAGGAAACUCAGACCAGAACUCUUCCAUGUGACAGCCAGGCAGACACACUGAUCAUCUCUGAUAGUGCGGCUGACACAGUCAUCCUGGAGAAAACCUGUGGAGAAAGUGCAACAGACUCCCUGGCAGAUGAGCAAGCAACAAGAUUAGGCUUCCUCAAUAGUCACGGCAUCAAUGAGGCUGAGUUUCUCACGGAUGAUCGGUCCAGUUCAGAAGGGGAAGGACUCAUGCAGGAGCUGAGCUCGGGUGAGUCGCUGGAAGAGGCUGGGGGUACCAAGCCUAAGGACAAAGAGUCUUUCAUCACUGAUGAUGGGGACACUGGCGACUCCCAGUUGGAACUAGUACCACACACACCAACAGCUAAGUACUGUUGCACAUCACCCAUGACGCCGGCAUCUGGGCGCACCAUGCGGUACAGCAUCAGUAGGCUCUCGGUCUCCCACAAGCCUCGGAGGCUGGCUGAUCUGUCUUACACCCCAGGUGGGCGGCCCCUGAUUCCCAGCGAGGAGCAGCCUGUCGAGUACCUGUACACUGAUAUCGAGAAGGGACACGAGCUGAUCGAAUGCCAUGUGCCGCCCAGCACCAAUGUCACUCUUAGUUCUGACACCAGCCUGGCCACAAGCGACGACACCGUGCUGUACGACUGGCGUUCCUUGCAGCUCAGUCCUGGGAAAGGAAAGGAGAACGAGAAGCCCCAGGAGGAGAUUCUGCCGGAUACAGCAGGCCUGACAGACAGGGAGCUAAGGAGGAGGUUGCAGGAACUAGGAGAGCAGCCAGGACCCAUCAGCCGGUUCACCCGCCCAGCGUACAUCAACAAAUUGAACAAUCUGCUUCAGAAGUCCAAGAACCAGCAGCCUGUUGCCCAUAACACAGGCUACAGCGUAGAACUAGCCAAUGCCCUGGAGACCUUCACUCUGCCAGGCUGCCAGGCUGAGGAGAUGGCCCUGUGCCAGCAGUUUGACCAACCUGACCAGAACAGGAAGUGGCGGGAAGGAAUCACCAAGUCGAGCUUUAAUUAUUUGCUGCUUGACCCAAGAGUGACGAAGAACCUGCCAUCCCGUAGCUCGUCCAUAACACCCGCAGAGUGUUUCCACACCUUCAUCAAUGCCAUCUUCUACAUAGGCAAGGGGAAACGGUCCCGUCCAUACAGCCACCUCUACGAGGCCCUGGAGUAUCACAGAGGGGACAAAACCUCAAGGAAGCUGUGCUCUAAGGUGCAGCACAUCCUGCAGGUGUGGGGGGCAGGCCAAGGGGUCAUCUCCCUGCACUGCUUCCAGAACGUCAUCCCCGUGGAGGCCUACACCCGAGAAGCUUGCAUGGUGGAUGCCAUUGGUCUGAAGAUGCUCACCAACCAAAAGCGUGGGGACUACUAUGGCGUGGUAUCCACUUGGCCACUGAAAAGGCGACGCGAGCUGGGUGUUCACCUGCUCUAUCGCGCCAUGCAGAUCUUCCUGGCUGAGGGAGAGCGCCAGUUGCGGCCAGCAGAUAUUUAAAUGAACACCGUUUGGACCGUGUGUGAGUGAGAUUCCGGUCAAAUGCUACAAGGAGAGCAGCAGAACACUUUACUGCAUCAUAUCCCUAAUCACCCCAAUAGAUAAAAUUGUAGCUUCGGAGAAAGGCGUCUGCCAGUAAUUAUCUUAAAAGGAAAAACUGCGAGCAGCACAAACAAACCAUGCUUCAUCGUCACAGUGAGGCUACUGAUUCAUUCAGUUUUAUGCAUAGACAAUGGUUUUUCAAUAUAUUCUUAUCGCUUUUGUAAUCAUUUUAUUCCAGUUUUAAUUACAGAAUAAUUUUUAAAAAUGGGAAAGUAUUUCAAAUAGCUGCAGAAAAAAGUUGCAAAUGAAAUUCAAAAUAGCAUUAAAAGCUUGAAGAGCACUGUAAUCUUAAAGGGUUAAACUGGAAUCUUAAAUCUUGGGAAUUAUGUGUUUUUUCUCUGUAUAACCCUUCCUGUUAUCACUUUGGAAGUGGUGGUUACUGAAAUAGCAGUAUCUUGCAUUCCGUAUUCUGUAUAUAGUUACAUAUCUUUUGCAAAGUGGUUUGAUGAUGUGAGUUCAGCUUGUGGAAAAAAGUAGCUUCCUAAUUUGCCCCAAACACAAAAAUGUUCCACGAUAGCACCUUUUUAUAACCUAUUGUAGUCUUAGUUUCCUUGUUGGGGGGGGGGGGGGGGGGUGGGGGGUGGUGUGAAUCUGAGCCACAGUUACUGGAUAUUGGCCAAAGCAUCGCACUACAGAAUGCACUGGAUACAGAAAACACACACCUUUUGCGGUGACAAGCAGGAAGUCAUGUCAGCUUUUGUUUAUGUUCAACAUUCAUGUUGUGUUGGAGUCACUGUCUAAAGCAGGUUAUCAUGUUGUGCUUUGUUCAGGAUCUAAGAUGAUCAGGUAAAGAGUGUAAAUCAUUCAGGUGAACCAUAAUUAAUGAUCGUCGCAAAGGUGUGGAAAUGAUCACAAUACGACUACAUCUUGCAGUAGGCAUUAACGCUUUUAUUUGCAGUAGCGUGGAUAAGCAUUAGACACACAUCUGUUCAGAUAUUUUUGUAGGCAAUUAAAAAGUAUCAAUGAGC